AUGUCCACCACUGAAUUCAUCUCCGUGACCUUCCCCAAUGCCUCCACGGAGCUGCACCCGCUCCCAGACGCGGCGCCCGUGGACCCCGAGUUUAUCGUGCGGUACUCGCGUGCGCUCGAUGACUACGGCUACAACUACACGUUGAUCCCGUACGGGUCCAGUUCGUUUGACCCCUUUACCAUCGGCGCGACAAUCCUGGCCGUAACGAAGAAGAUCAACGUGAUCAUCGCACUACGGCCCAACACGAUGUACCCGACGGUAGCGGCCAAGGCACUGGCCACGCUGGACCGCUUGGGUGGUGGUCGCGUGGUGGUACACUUUAUCGCGGGCGGCAGCGAUGCGGAGCAGGCCCGCGAGGGUGAUUUUCUGGGCAAGGAAGAGCGGUACGCGCGCGAGGAGGAGUACAUCCGGAUCCUGAAGCGGGCCUGGGCCUCGGGUGACGCUUUCGACUGGGAGGGCAAGUACUACACCUUCAAGGACUUCCACCUGGCCGUGCGGCCGGCCGCCGGAAAGAUCCCCAUCUCAGUGGGUGGCUCGUCCGAAGAGGCGUACCGCGUGGGAGGGUCGCUGGCCGACAUUUUCGGGCUCUGGGGCGAGCCGCUAAAGGAGACGAAGGAGCAAAUUGACAAGAUCAACGCUGCUGCCGAAGCUGCCGGCCGCACUGAUCGGCCGCGCAUCUGGGUAACCUUCCGGCCGAUCCUGGCCGAAACCGAGGACCUGGCCUGGAGCAAGGCCUAUCGGACCCUUGACCAGCUUAAAGCAAACUCGGCUGCUUUACAACAGUGGGGGGAGCAGGCUAAGAAAAGCACGUCUAACGGCACGUCUAACGGCACAUCAAACGGAGAGGCAAAGGCUGUUCCUCCCCAAGGUGCCGCCCUAAAGCAGGAGUUUAGCGAGCCGCAGAAUGUUGGCUCCCAACGGCUACUUGCCAUUGCCAAGCGCGGAGAGGUGCAGGACCGCGCUCUGUGGUAUCCCACCGUGACUGCAACCAAUGCGCGGGGAGCGUCCACAGCUCUGGUAGGAUCUCCCCAGACUCUGAUCGAUUCCCUUUUGGACUAUGUCGACCUGGGCGCCUCGCUUAUCUCUAUCCGCGGCUAUGACAACCUCAAUGACGCCAUUGAUUACGGUCGCUACAUCCUCCCUGGCAUGCGGGUAGAGUUGGCCAAGCGUGAAUCAACGCAGUAG